GUAAAAAGAAAAAUUAUGAAUGAAUAAAAAAAAACAUAGUAUCUCCAUUGAAGCAUUGAUGCGUCUGUGUGGAUAAAUGAGAGACAAAACCGACAUUUUUAAUAUCUACAACAAAAAUGACGUCCAAACAAAAAAGUGUAAAGUAUCUGAAUGUAAAACACACGCUCAAAGCUACUAAGAAAAAUAUCGCAACCUAAAGCAACUCAAAGCAACCAGUAAUGUUGAGGGUCUAAAUCAGAUCAACAAUUCCUGCAAUAAAAAAUUGCAAGCCAUUUUUUAUUUUAUUAAUUAUUGAAUUACGCCGUCAAGGCAAAAAAACUCAAAAUUAAACGCAACAAUAAAAAGCCCUAUAACGGCAGUUAUUUGAUGAAAAACAUGGAUAAGAAUGUUGGUGACGCGGAUUGCAAAUCAGGUGGCGGCAGUGGGAAAGCCGGCUCUAGUGCCAGUGGGGGCGGUGGAGCCGGUGCACAUGAUCCCGCUGCGUUAUUAGAUGCAGCCUCUUUAUUUGCGUAUUGGGGAAGAGAUCCUGCAACAGCAGCAGCCGCUGCCACAAAUCCACUUUUCAGUUCACAAUUUAAUGCAGCUGCAGCGGCGGGACUGGGUCUAUUGCCGAGUCCAUCAGCAGCAGCUGCAAAUGAUCGCUACUCAAUGGCGGCUGCAGCAGCUGCAGCUGCAGGACAUCACCAUCAGAAUACCAUGGCAGUGGCAGCUUCACAGGCAGCUAGUUUAGCAGGUCUGCAUCCAGCAAGUUGGUGGUCAAUGGCACAGUUAGCAGCACAGGAUUAUUUUAGUCGCUUACAAGCAUCCGGCUUGUCGCCAUUCACUCAUCCGGAUUUAUCAGCUUUUGGUCCCUCUGCACUUGGUCUAAGUGGUAAUGCAGGCAGUGCUACGGGUGGUUGUGCGUCUGGACCAAAUGGUUCGGGUAUGAGUUCAGGUGGUGCAGGUGGCUCAGGUGCUGGCAGUGGUUCUUCCUCAAGCAGUAGUAAAUCCAGUAAAUCUCGUAAAGAAAAACGUCAACAGCAACAACAACAACAGCAGCAGCAACAACAACAGCAACAACAAAAUUUAGCAAAUAGCUUAAAUGCCGCUGCGGCAGCAGCAGCAGCUGCCGCUGCAGCUAAUCCAGCAGCUGCUCUAGCUGGUAUGCAUGGUUUAGUUGGUGCUGGAACAACAAUAACACCUUCUGCAACUAUGACUAGUGGUGGUGGUGGUUCCAGCAAUUCAUAUAAAUCAAACUCAAGUGGUUAUGGUAAAUCGUCUAUGUCUGGAAGUUUGAAUACGAAUCCUGGAUCAGCUUACGAUCCAGUUGUUUUGCACAAAGAGUUGAUGGCAAUGCAAGUGGCCGCAGCUGCUGCUUCGUCUGGAGCUAGUGGUAGUGGAUCAUCAAGUUCCUCGUCAAAUAAAAAAUCAUCCCAUUACUCACAGUCACAACAGGGUAGCGGAGUUGGACUUUCCUCUUCCGGCAGUAAUAGCUCGAAUAAAUCUCUUUCAUCUAACAACAAUAGUAUGCAUCAUUUAGGUGGCGGUGGUUCUAGUAUAAAUAAUUCUGCUAGUCAUCACAAUGCACUUAUGUCACCACAUGGUAGUGUUAAUAUGUCAGGUAGCGCAAAUACUGGAAAUAAUUCUAUGUCGGCUAAGGAACGUGAGAAAAACAAUGCCUCGCUCAAUGCAUUAAAUUCAUUAUCACAAUUUGGAGCUCUCGGUAUGAGUCCUCAACAGAGUGUGCAAGCAGCUAUGAACGCGUUUGCUAAGAACUCCGCUGCGGCUGAGUUACUUACUGGUGGCAAAUCAAAGGAUUACAUGCCAUCAGGCAUACUGAGUGAACAUCCGUCCUUGCUGGGAGUACGUUUGCCGCCUGAUACGGAGAUUAUAAAAUACACAUCAUCCAUCGUGGGCCCCAAAAUACCCGGUACUACUACACGUGGUCGUAAAAAGACCAUAUCUGAAGAACAACAACAACUACAACUACAAAAACAAGAACUUGAAACAUCAAAUGCAAUUUCCUCUUUACUUGCAUUUCCAGGUCUCAGCCCAGCGAAACGGGCUAGACUCGAAAUGGAAUACGCAGCAAUGGCAGCAGCAGCGAAUGCAGCGCAACAACAACAGUCUGGUGGUGGAGGCAGCAUGGGCAGUGGCAACUCUAGCGCAGCAGCAGCGGCAGCAGCAGCUGCUGCACUUGGACAUUUAACAGCACCAGCUAUAACAGGCACAAGCAACAAUAUUGGACGACUUGAUCAUACAGCACCAACAAGUUCAGCUAGCAGUCGUGAUCCAUCAACUGAUCGUGUAGAAGUUAUAAAAUUGCCGCCUACAAUUACAUCAAAUGGAGCAUAUAAUUUAUCGAAUAAAAGUAAAGACUUACAUGAUAUGAGUAGCGAACUCAGUACUGGUUCUGGUGUCAAUUUAAGCAUGAAAUCGAAUUUAAGUGCUAAUAACUCAAUGGCUGGCACUGCGGCCAAUCCCAUAACCAUAGAAGACUUUGACACACCACUGAAUUUGUCAAUGAAACCCGAUAAGCCCAAUUCAUCAAGUAGCAACGAUUUUAGUCAAUCAAGUAGCAUUAAUCAACAAAAUGCUGGUGCUAGUUCAAACAGCUUGCAAAGUUUAAGUUCAAUUACAGCUGCUUUAGGUGGUACACAAACUGGUUCUGGUUCGGGUUCAAUUGGAGCUGGUUCUAGUAAUAGCAGUGAUCGCUCCUCACAGCCACCAUUCAAGGAAGGCCGUCCGCGUAAUUUGGGCAGAGGUGUAUCAAAACCGAAGAAAAACACUGUAGCAUCGUUAUUAGCACAGUCCAGAGCUGUUGGAUUGAAGCCAAUGUUAGCGACGCAGCAGCUACUGCAGCAAGGUGCAGAUUUUGAAAAAAUUCGGCAGGCACUUAGUGAUGCAAAUGCUCAAAUGGAAGUGUCUACCGACUCUGAGAGUGUGGCUGCUGAAAGUGGUUUAUCGGAGUCUGAAAGCGAAGAAGCAAAUCUACUUAAUGUCGCUGAGUUACGUGUACCACUUGACUUGGGCUGGAAACGUGAAACAGUAAUACGCGGCCUCACAAAAGCUGGACAAAUACGUGGGGAAGUAGUUUAUUAUGCUCCUGGCAAUACUGUGCCAUUAAAGACAAUCGGACAAGUUUUCUCUUACCUGGAGAAAAAUCCCUCAAAAUUAUUACGCGAAAAUUUCAGUUUCUCUGCACGUGCAAUUGUUGGUUCGUUUUUACAGCCAGCACCCCCACCAUAUGCAAACGAUGGCGAGUAUAUACGUAUGUCUGAUGAGGACGUAGCUAAGCGUCUGGAAGAUCUUAAAAUGUUCACAAGACAGACUUUGAAUGUCGAGCAACGCAUUGAGAUUGCGAAGCAGCAACAAGCCAUACGUGAUGCCAAAAAGCAACAAAAGGAAGAAAUGGCACGCAAUAAAGAAAAAGCACGUCAAGAAAAAAAUGAGAAACUAGAGCAACAGCGCAAAGAGAAGGAGUUAAAAAAUCAACAAGCAAUUGAGGCGCGCAAAAAACGUCAGGAAGAACUUGAACGCAUUAAGCAGGAAGAGUUAGCAAAGAAACAGCAGGAAAAAGAAAAGAAACGACAAGAAGCUAUUUUAGCUAAAGAACAGAUCUAUCUGCAGGAACUCAACAAGCAGAAGGAGUUGCUACUAGCCGCUGAAAUGGUAUGAUUAAUGUCAAAUAAUAUUUUUAAAUUUUCGCAUUAAUCACUAAAAUUGAAUCCAGCUUCUUAUAACGCUUUUUUAAC